AUGAUGCAAAGAAAACAAGGCUUAAGUGACUACACUGGGACUGCUGUUAAUACUGGAAUAGUAGCGGUUACUGCUGGGAUCGAACAACUAACAACUUUAGCGGCAUAUAGAUGCCCGUGUGUGUCUCUUGCCAAGCUUGGUAACUGUACCCCAAUUAACAUUGCUGGUAACCCUUCGUGCAGUCAGUUAUUAAACUACGGAUACGGAAUGUCGUUUAUAAUUGCACCAGCAAUAGGACUUCUUGUUUUCGGCAUGGCUUCCAAUCCAAAGCUAUGGAAAUCUGUAACCGGUAUAAUUAAAAAGACGAAAACUGAACGAAGAGAAGUGGAUGAGAUCUGCUGGACUAUUGGAGGGGUGAUUGGGCAGGCAUUGUACGCUCCUAUAACGUGGGUUGCUAUUGCGUUGCUGGAUGGCCGGUAUUACGCUUGUGCUGCAACUUCUUUACCAUACGAUGUCGAACAUCCGUCCGCGUCGUACAAAACUUGUGAAGCCGUUGCAAUUUCGAAGAUCGUGUAUACGUCAUCAGCCUUCAAUGACAAUCGCAGCUUUUCGCAAUUACUGGGCUGGAUAAUUAUCGCUGCCUUUUUGAUCGUUGGUAUGUUCGUGUAUUGCUUAUCUCAAUGCACGUUUCCACUUACGUACUAUCAUGCAAAGUACUACCUACUGUACAGAGCUGCGGAGGAAGCAGAGUUUACCGACGAAAUGCAGAAAAAGGCUCAACACGACGCCGAGGCGAAUGUUUUAAAGUUUAUGGAAAAAAGAAGAGACAAAGCGUUGUGGGACCGAAUAUCCACCGUGUAUGAUUUCCACCGAGACGACAAGUCCCUUGCGCUGUAUUCGAACCUGCAUGAGUGGGUUUUGGAAAACGCCCAGUCCGAGGAAAUGGUUCCUUUAACUGGAGGAGGAGGAGGAGAGGAAGGUCAUCCCGAGGAAGGGGGAUUCAAUGAAGACGAUGAAAUUUCUACUCAUGCAACUGUGAGCGUCUGAUAUUGAAAACAUGGCGGAUGCUAUGGUAUUAGUACAUAUAUAGCCAGAAAACAUGUUUGUUGCAAGAUUUUUCAAGCGUCUUCCAAAAUUCUCCAGCAUACACGUCGAAAACAGAAACGAGCUAUAUUUACAAAGCAGUAUUCAGUGAGAAUGAUCAAUCGUGACAAAAAAACCACUGCCAAGCGUUAAGGCAAAUGAUGCUAAAUUAAUUAUCCAUGCAGACAUUAGUGACAGACAAUGUUUAUAUUGAUGACUCUUAUCACGUAUUGGGAAUUUCCAUGUUUUGAACUGUCGCCUUCCUUUUUUUGUGACGAAUUAAAACGUGAAUGUAAAUUUUCGACCACCAUAAUUGAAGAACGUUUCAGUUCCAAUGCAAUUCAACGAUACUUUAAUAAAUGUUAAUGGCAAAUAAUAUA